CAAAAACAAGAAGCUAACAGAUAAGACGCAGUUCUCAGGUUCAUGGCGAGGACAGACUGAUACACAGACAGACUGAGGCAGUGCAGAUAUGACCAAUAUGGCGGAGGAAGCGAUGGACAGCUCUGCAGUGUCGGAGGAGGAAGUGGAAGACCAGACGAGUCCAAAAAGCCGCAACAAAAUACCCGUUGUAGGUGAAAUCCUGGAAGGCAAACGGACGAAGAAGACAGUCGAGAGGCUCGAUUUCCAGGCGCCCAAACAAAUGGAGAAGAUCAAGAUUGGAGAUGGCAGCGGAGAUAAAUUAAAAGACAUUCCUCGCACCAGCUCCCAGAUCACCAAGAUGAAACCAGCUGACCUGAAACCUCUGCACAUCAUCCUGUUCAACAGACCAGGAAAGAUUGCCACGAUAAAGAAGAACCUGCGUCUGUUCAACGGAUUUCCUUUUGAUGCCAACAGUGAACAGUACAGCAAGAAACGAGAAAAACUCCUCAAAAAUUCAAAUUUCACCAACGCUAAGCUGAAGGUGGUCUGUGGCGUUUUGGACCUGGAGAAGAAAGGAACUCACUUAGACCUGGUCAACAGGAUCAUGCAUUUCCUCAUCGCACCAAAGAACAGCGGGAAGCGCGUCCCUGUGAAGAAGAAGAGGAAAUCUAAGAAGAAACUGUCUGGCGACGACUCGCAGACAAAGACCAAGAAGAAGAGUAAAUCCAAACCCAGGAGCUCGUCGUCGAGUCCCAAAAAGUCCAAAACAGGAAGCAAGUCCAAAGCCAUCGUCAUGGACUCCAGCAGUGACGAGGACGAUGAUGAGGAAGAUGAGAAGGCGGGGACUUCAGCGGAGGCAGAGGGGUCGGACACAGAGGAGAAGCCUUCAGAAAAGGAGGAGGACCAGUCUGACAGGUCAGAGCAGUCUGCAGACGAGGAGGAGGACGAGGAAGAAGAUGACGAUGAAGAUGAGUCUCCAAAAUCAAAGUCGGGCCGAGGGAAGUCUGCGUCCAAGAAAUCAGCACCGGUGAAAAGACAAAGGACACCAGCGAAGAAGACGGGUCCUCCGAAGAAGAGGGCGAAGAAAGAUGUUUCAGACAAGUCGGAUUCCGACGACGACAGUGACACCGACGAGAAGAAGAAGAAAUCGGCUCCUUCCAAACCAGCUGCCAAAACAAAGAAGGCUGACAGCAGCAGCAACAGCAAGAAUAACACAAACACAGCCGAGGACAGUUCGGACGACGACGAGCCGCUCAUCAAGAUGAUUAAGAAAGCGCCGACUGACAAGCAGCUGAAGGAGACGGUGCAGAGUCUGCUGAAGGAGGCGAACCUGGAGGAGAUGACCAUGAAACAGAUCUGCCAGAGGGUGUAUGACACUUUCCCAGGCCACGACCUAACCAGCAAGAAAGACUUCAUCAAACAAACAGUCAAAUCUCUCAUCACAUGAAGAUCUGAAGAUUAAAGUUGAUGUUGCUGUGAAACUUGACGAAGGGAAAAAAACUUCAGCAGAAACGACUGAAAAGUUCCUUUUUCAUUAGUUUCAUAUCACCAUGGUUUGUUUUCAUACAAAGCUGUUUUAUACAUAAUUGUUUUUUUUUUUUUAUUAAUGUGUGUAUAGAUUAAUUCAAAGGUGUUCAUCAUCAUCAUAAACCUUUUUUAUGCGCUCCGGCACAUUUUGUGUCUCCGGUCAAGUUCAAAGCAAAGAAGUGAAAAAUAAAAAAAAUAUAUUAAGAAAAGAACAUUUUCAAAAUAAAUGGAAAACAUUUCUUAUACUUAAAGUGAUUUAUUUAAGAAAUUUUGUUCAUUGGAAAAUCCUCGAAGAAAAUGUAACGUUGCAGAAAAUAAACUGAAGAGAAGAGGUUUGGACAACAGAAGAAUUUGCUUUUACUUUUUUACUUUUUAUUUAAAACACAGUUGACUCUGAUCUUUGCUUUUGACUCACAGGAUGUCACAUUUUGUAUUUCUGGAUUAAAUUGUUUCUGAUUAGGUGAAGCUGUUUUAGAUUAGUACAUAUUUUAACUCCUUUUGUUUGUUGUAGGUUUUUUUCUGUACUUUUGGUUUGGUUUUUUCUCUGUCAAUUUACAUUUUCAAAUCUCCAAAUUAACUGUGCUGAGUAAUUUACCUAUUGAUUAAAAUUGUACCUUUUUGAACAAAA